AUGGUGAGAUCAUCGCCACGAAGAGGGCAGAGAUCAAAGGGAAUAAAGGUGAAACAUUGUGUUCAGCUGACUGUGUUACUUGGUUUGGGGAUAUGGCUGAUUUAUCAAAUGAAGCAUUCGCAUGAGAAGAAAGCUGUGUUUGAGGAGAGUGCAAAGAUUGUUGUUGGGGAUAAAGUGGUAAAGCUUGGAAGAAAAGAUCUUAACCCGCUGGUUGAGAAGUCUACGAAUGUGAAAGAGCAAGUGGAAGAAGAUGAAGGGAGCAACAAGAAUGAUAAAUUUGGUAAGGAAAAUGGCGAUGUGAGUGUAGAGAGGGAGGAGGAAAGAGGCGAGGAAGGGACUAGUGAGAAGGAAAAUGAAGGUACAGGGAAUGAAGAAAGCGAGAAGGUGAUUGAGGAGAGUGAAGGUGGAAAUGAGACGAGCAGUGAAGAAGCUAGAGAGAAGAAUUACAAGGGGGAUGAUGCGUCGAGUGAGGUAGAGAAAGUGGAAGUUGAGGAAGAGAGCAAAUCUAACGGUACUACUGCUGAGAAUGUGAGUUUCCAUGAGGAUGAGUCAGGUCCAAAGACUGAGGAGCUUAAUACUUCCGUUAUCAAGAAUGUUGCUUCGAAUACAACUGAGAAUAGUGGAGAGAUUGGUAGUGAUGAUGGUGAGAAACAAGAGACGAAGAAUGAGUCAGAUUCAAAGACGGAAGUGGAAGAGAACACUGAUGAAACAAAGAGUGAGAGUGAGAGUGAGAGUGUGGUGUUGGAGAAGGGUUUCUCUGAUUCUAAUGGUGAAUUGCCUGAGAGUAACAUGUCAGCUUCCAAUGCGACUGCAACUACAGAAUCAACUGAAAAGGCCGGCGAUGGAGCUGAGAGUGGGAAAUCCAUUGGUUAUCAAGAAACGAAAAACGAAGGAGACGGGAAGGAAAAGGUACAAUCUUCUGAACUGUCAUCUGAAGAGGAAAGUAAAAACAAAGAAUCCGAGAAAAUUGAGAAAGAAGAGUCGUCGUCGUCCCAAGAGGAAGAACCUGCGAAAAAGGACAAACAAGAGCUUUCGUCCCAAGAGGAAAGUAAAGUGGACGAAUCUGAGAAAAAGGAGAAAGAAGAGCUUUCGUCCCAAGAGGAGAAAGAGAGCAAAGAAACCGAGAAAAGUGAGAACAAAGAUUCUUCAGAGUCUCAUCUAAAGGAAAACACAGACAGUGAGAAGAAAAUUGAACAGGUGGAAUCUACUGGUUCUUCUGACACACAGGAGAAGAGUGACGAACAAAAAAUUGAUGAAAGCAAGAGUGAAUCUGGCAAUGAGCAAAGCAAAUUGGAUUCUUCUAUAAAGGAAACAGGGGAUAACACUUCAAAAACAGAGUCUGUUAAAGAGGAAAACAACAGAAGUGGUGGAACAGAGGAGAGCCAGAAGAAUCAAGAACAUACCAAGGCUACUUCAGAUAACAGUGUUGCUAGUGAAGAUGUUAAGGAUGCUCGAACUGAUUUGGAAACACUGCCUGAGUCCAGCAAUGGAUUGACCAACGACAAAGUCGCUGCUGAGUGA